ACAUAUAUUCAUAUACGAAAAAUAUAUAUCUAUAUGCUGAUGAGCAUGUCCCAAGUUCAUUGAACGGCUCAAUAUCGACGAUAUUAAGUAUAUAGCUUACUAACAUUUUUUUGCUAUGGUUUUGUCAGCUGCGUCCACAUUAUGCAAUGUUUUUACAUUUAUAUUGGCUGGAUCGCCAAUCUUCUACAGUGCUGCACCGCGGGGCAGCUGCAGCAGCUGCUGUGCGAUACGUGAAAGCGAGGACAUUAAGUUUCUGCUAUACACGAGGAAAAACCGCAACGCGGCCCAGCUGCUGCAGUUGAGUGACGAUGCUCGACUGGCGCGAAGCAAUUUCAAUUUCAAUUACCCGUUGGCCAUCUAUCUGCACGGCUUCUCCGAGUCGGCCAGCGGCGACCAGCAGAGCAGCCAGCAAAUGAAGGAUGCAUUUUUGCAUCGCGGCAACUAUAACGUGAUACUGGUGGAUUGGAGCGCGAUGGUCUCUGUGCCCUGGUACUCCAAUGCCGUGGAAAAUCUGCCUGUGGCUGCGAGAUAUUUGGCCCGAUUCCUGCGGUAUUUGGUGAGCAAGGGGUAUGCGGUGAAGCACAUACAUCUGAUUGGAUUCAGCUUGGGCGCCGAGGUGGCCGGCUUUGCGGGCAAGCAGCUGCAGGAGUGGGGUAUUAAGCUGACAAGGAUAACGGCUUUGGAUCCGGCCUUGCCGCUCUUUGAGGGUAACAGCUCCAAUCGUCGACUGGGUCCCACAGAUGCCCGCUUUGUGGAUGUGAUCCACACAGAUGGCGGAAUUCUGGGCAAUCCGACAGCGAUGGGACAUGCAGACUUCUAUCCGAAUGGCGGACGACCCUUGCAGCCGGGCUGUGCACGACAGGAAAUAGCCAAUAAUCGGUGGCUGGGCAUCAUUAUUGGCUGCAGUCAUCAGCGCGCAUGGGAGUACUUUGUGGAGAGCAUCCGGCAACCGUUGGCCUUUGCCGCCGAACGUUGCGAACCCUCGCAAAACUUUGGUAUCUGUCGCAAUGGCAACAAAGGCGUUGCUCACAUGGGCUAUGCCGCGGAUCCAAGACUGCGCGGCAAGUUCUAUCUGGAGACGAAUGAUGCGAAGCCAUUUGGACGACAUAUUCAAUCCUCAUCCGGCUCAAUAAUACCUCAGUUGCCCAUCUCCUAUAAAAUGCCAAAGAAUGCCACCAGGGAAUCGGCGCAACUGAGGCUCAAGGAGCGGCAGGAGCUGGGAGACGAUAACAACACGCUAAGCAACAAAAUCGACAACAUUGCAUUGGCGUGACAAAAUGUUGAAUGUGUCCCCGAUUCCUCACUCGCUUUUCUUUUCUUCCUUACCCGAGAUUGAGGGAGAGCGAGAUUGAGAUUUAUGUGAGCUGCGUGAUUUUGACGCAAUGCAGGGAUGUUUCGUCCUCAUCCUUUGUAGUAGUAGCAGUAGUUGUAGCUGUAAGUUGUCUUGUGAUCUGUCUAUUAAGUAUUGUUAGCACGUAAGCUGUUUUAUCUAUCUUAAAAAGAAAAUACAACCAUCUAAGUUGGAAUGAAAA